ACCACAUGUUAGAUAUAAAUUCUGGCUUAUCUUCUUUCACUUUGCAGCAGAAUAUCCUUUGCAGGAGCAUGGAGAUAGAAGUGGAAGGCGACAAUGGUGGUGGUGGUGUUGGUGGUAAUGGAGGAGGUGAUCAUGAUCACCGGAGGUUGGUGGCUUACUUGGUUUGGGAAGACUUAACAGUGGUGGUGCCAAGCUUUCGGGGUGGAGCCACCAGGAGGCUGCUGCAUGGAGUUACUGGGUAUGCCGAGCCUGGUAGGAUCAUGGCUGUUAUGGGUCCAUCUGGCUCCGGAAAGUCUACUCUUCUUGAUUCAUUAGCAGGUAGACUAUCAAGAAAUGUUAUCAUGACAGGAAGUGUUCGUAUUAAUGGGCAAAGGAGGCUGCAUGGUGGUAUUGCUUAUGUGACCCAACAUGAUGUACUUUUGGGAACUUUGACAGUCAAAGAAACCCUGACUUACUCAGCCCAUCUGAGACUCCCUACUACCAUGACUAAAGAAGAGGUUAAUGACAUUGUAGAGGAAACAAUCCUGGAAAUGGGACUUCAAAAUUGUGCUAAUGGGUUUAUUGGAAACUGGCAUAUAAGAGGUAUUAGCGGUGGAGAGAAGAAAAGGCUUAGUAUUGCAUUAGAGAUUCUAACACAGCCCCGCCUCUUGUUUCUCGACGAGCCCACUAGUGGCCUUGACAGUGCCUCAGCCUACUUCAUAAUUCAAACUCUUAAGAAUACUGCUUGCAAUGGAAGAACAGUCAUCUCCUCAAUUCACCAGCCAAGUAGUGAAGUUUUUGCUCUCUUUGAUCACCUUCUUUUAUUAUCUGGUGGUGAAACUGUCUACCAUGGAGAAGCUAAAAGGGCCGUGGAGUUCUUUGCGGAGGCCGGAUUUCCAUGUCCAAGUCGAAGAAAUCCAUCCGAUCACUUCCUUCGCUGUAUUAACUCGAGCUUUGACACUAUCAGGAACACUUCCAUGGGAUCUCACAAACCACAUUCACAGGAAAUAAAAAAAUUAUCAGAUCCUUUGAUGAAUAUGGCAACAGCAGAUAUCAAAGCUACACUGGUUGAGAAAUACAAGUGCUCCAAGUAUGCAACAAAAGCAAGAUCCAGGAUUAGAGAAAUCUCCGUCAUUGAUGGACUUGAGAUAGAAAAAAAAGGAGGGAGCCAAGCAGGAUGGCAGAAGCAACUUUUGAUACUAACACAAAGGUCUUUUGUGAACAUGUCAAGAGAUGCGGGAUACUACUGGAUUAGGAUACUAGUCUAUACUGUCCUAUCAAUAUGUGUUGGUACCGUCUUCUAUGAUGUUGGCGCUAGUACAGGAUAUACUGCUAUCAUGAGUCGGGUAAACUGUGGCGGUUUCAUUACGGGGUUUAUGACAAUCAUGGCAGUCGGAGGCUUCCCUUCCUUCAUAGAGGAAAUAAAGGUUUUCAAUAGAGAAAGGCUCAACCGGCAUUAUGGAAAUGCUGUGUAUAUUGUAUCAAACUUCCUGUCUUCCUUUCCUUUCUUGUUUGUUACCUCGUUUGCUACCAUAACAAUUGUCUUUUUCAUGGGGAAGAUUAGGUCUGGAUUUAACUAUUAUAUAUACCUAUGCCUUGUUCUGCUUAGCUGCAUGGCUACUGUAGAAAGCUGCAUGAUGGUUGUAGCUUCUUUGGUUCCCAACUAUAUGAUGGGAAUCGUAGUUGGUGUUGGAUUCAGUGGCAUUAUGAUGCUGGCAUCGGGGUAUUACCGAAGUUUAGAUGAUAUUCCUAAGCCAUUCUUGCGCUACCCGAUUUCAUAUAUCAGUUUCAUGGCAUGGGCAGUGCAGGGAGUGUACAAGAAUCUUCUACUCGGGCUUGAGUUUGAUCCUAUAAUACCGGGUACCCCAAAACUGAAAGGCGAGGUGGUAUUGCGAACUAUGCUUGGAAUUCCAUUAAGUCAUUCAAAAUGGUGGGACUUGACUGCUAUUCUAGUCAUUUUUAUUUCUUAUAGACUUCUCUUCUUGGUUAUUGCAAAGCUCAAGGAACGAGCUUCACCAUUGUUUUGGACACUUCAUGCCAACAAAAUUCUGCAACAUCUCGAUAAGAAGUCUUCAGUGAAGAAGAAGCCUUCUUGCCCUUCCAAAAGACACCAUCCUCCUCAUUCGCUGUCUUCUCAAGAGGGCCUUAGCUCUCCAUUAGCCUAGAAGCAGCAACAGAAACAUAUUGAGUAACUGCAAUUGUUACAUUUUAUGGCAGCUGCUUAUAACACACAAAGAUGAUCUUUGUCACCAACGAAUUGCAUAUUAUGAUUCUAUUGCCCAAAUAAGGUUGAUAUACAUUAAUGCUGGCCAAUUGCUUAAGAGUCUAAGCUUUCAGGGAUUCUAACUUUGAUAUCUUAAUUGUAAUUCUUUAGGGAUGGAUGCUGGGGAAAAUGUUUGGAAUAUUUCAAAGCGAGUUAGGCCAAUUACCUUGCUUAUUCCUUAUUUUAAUAGAAAGUUGUACAAAACUGUAGAUAUUUUCCAA